AUGGCCAUGCAGAGCUUGCUGCAGAACGUGGGCUCCAGCUCACUGCUCUGUUUGGCAGCAGGGCUGGUUGCCCUCCUUUACCUUCUUACCAGCCUGAAGAAGUCGGUCUGCAAUUUGCCUCCUGGGCCACGACCUCUUCCUCUGAUUGGAAACUUGAAUGUGGUGGACCUGAAAAAGCCAUUCCAGUCGCUGACAGAGCUCUCCAAGAUAUAUGGCAAUGUCUUCACUGUGCAUUUUGGACCCAGGAAAGCGGUGGUGCUGGCUGGAUAUGAAACCAUCAAGGAUGCCCUUUAUAAUCAUGCUGAAGACUUUGGAGAGAGGGCAGAUAUACCCAUAUUUAGGAAAAUGACACAAGGAAAUGGCAUAGCAUUUAGCCAUGGAGAGCAAUGGAAAACUAUGAGAAGAUUCACCUUGGCCACACUGCGAGAUUUUGGAAUGGGAAAGAGAACCAUUGAGAUCCGAAUCCUGGAGGAAGUAAAUUCCCUUAUAAAAUAUUUUGAAUCCUAUCAUGGGAAACCAUUUGAUACAAAGAUGAUACUCAACAAUGCUGUAUCCAAUGUCAUCUGCUCUAUCUUGUUUGGAGAGAGGUUUGAAUAUGAUGAUCCUGUAUUUCUAACUUUGCUGAAGCUGAUAAAUGAAAAUACCAAGCUGUUGGGCUCCCCUAUGGUGCUGUUAUAUAAUUUCUACCCAACCCUUGGAUUUCUCUCUGGAGCUUCCAAGACUGUGCUUCAAAAUAUCAGGGAGCUGAAUGCUUUUCUCCAGAAGCUCUUCCAGGAACACAAAGAAGAGCUUAGUGAAAAUAACUUAACAGGCUUUGUUGAUGCCUUUCUGAUGAAGCAACAACAGGAGUCAAAGAAACCCCACACUACGUUCAACAAUGGAAACCUGAUGUUUUCCACCCUAGACCUCUUUGCUGCUGGGACUGAGACUACUUCUACCACUGUGCGCUGGGGGCUUCUUCUGAUGAUGAAGUACCCUGAAAUCCAGAGAAAGAUUCAGGAAGAAAUGAACCAAGUCAUUGAACCAGGAGAGCUGCCUAAGUUGGAGGACCGGAAAAAAAUGCCUUAUACAGAUGCAGUGAUACAUGAAAUACAGAGGUUUGCCAAUAUUGUCCCAAUGGGUGUCUCACGAUCCACUCCUACCGAUGUGAAUUUCCAAGGCUAUGUGAUUCCUAAGGGUACAGAGAUUAUUCCACUGCUGACCUCUGCUCUGAAUGACAAGUUAUACUGGAAAACCCCAGAUCAGUUCAACCCUUCCCACUUCCUGGAUGCCGAUGGGAACUUCAUUAGGAGAGAGGCAUUUAUUCCAUUCUCCAUAGGACGAAGGGCUUGCCUUGGAGAAGGACUGGCCAGAAUGGAGCUGUUCCUCUUCUUUGCAGGCUUGCUCCGCAAAUUUGUUUUCCAACCCGCUCCGGGAGUGGAUAAGUCAGACCUAGAUCUCACUGCUGAUGUUGGCUUCACCUUGACCCCUAUGCCUCACCUGGUUUGUGCUAUGUCUUUUUUAAUUUCAUUUCUCUCUGAUCCUGUAUUAAUUUGCCUGCUGUGUGCAGCAGUAUUGUUAGCUGUGCUCUAUUUUUCAACUGGCUAUAAAAAUUCAGCUUUCAAAUUACCUCCUGGUCCAACUCCUCUUCCGAAACUUCCGAUCAUUGGUAACCUGCACUUGGUGGAUCUUAGAAGGCAAGAUAAAUCACUAAUGAAGCUUGCAGAAAAAUAUGGCCCCAUCUUCACCCUCCACUUUGGGUUCCAGAAAGUUGUGGUCCUGACCGGGUACGAAGUUGUGCGGGAGGCACUUGUGAACUACACAGAGGAGUUUGUGGACAGACCAUCCAUCCCAAUAUUUGACCAAAUUCAGAACGGAAAAGGCUUGUUCUUCUCCAUUGGGGAGCUGUGGAGGACAACCCGGAGGUUCACCGUGUCCAGCAUGCGCAACCUCGGCAUGGGCAAGAAAAUGAUAGAAGGGAGAAUUUUCGAGGAGCUUCACUUCCUUAUUGAGAUGAUCAAAUCCUUCAAAGGGGAACCUUUCAGCCUGCCGACCUUCAACUGUGCUCCCAUCAAUGUCACCUUUGUCAUGCUGUUUGGGGACAGGUUUGACUAUAAGGACCCAACAUUUCUCACUCUCUUAAAACUCAUAGAUGAAGUUAUGAUUCUUCUUGGAUCUCCAUAUUUGAAUUAUUUCAAUUACUACCCAUUCCUUGGAUUUCUUUUCAAAACCCACAAGAUUAUGCUUGCGAAAAUAGAAGAUGUGCGUGUCAUUCUGAGGCAAUACAUGAAGGCAAGCAGGGAGGACAUCAAUGAGAACAGCGUGAGGAGCUACAUUGAUGCACUGAUAUUCAAGCAACAAGAGGAGAAAAACAAGAAAGACAGCCUCUUCCAUGAUGACAACUUAAUGGCAUCCAUACUUGACCUGGUCAUGGCAGGAACAGAGACCAUAGCCACAACACUCCAGUGGGCCAUCCUGCUGAUGAUGAAAUACCCGGAGAUUCAAAAAAAGGUGCAGGAGGAGAUUGGGAGAACGGUCAAAGCUGGGAGCUGGGCCACCUACGAGGAUCGGAAGCACAUGCCCUUCACAAACGCGGUGCUGCACGAGGUGCAGAGGUUUAUCACCCUCCUGCCCCACGUUCCCCGCUGCACCGCUGUCGACACCCACUUCAGAGGCUACUUCCUUCCCAAGGGAAUAAUUGUAAUCCCAUCGCUCACCUCAGUGCUGCUGGACAAAACACAAUGGGAAACACCACAUCAGUUCAACCCCAACCACUUCCUUGAUGCUGAAGGGAAUUUUGUCAAGAGAGAGGCUUUCCUGCCCUUCUCCACAGGGAGAAGGAACUGCAUUGGAGAAAGCCUCGCCAAGAUGGAGCUGUUUGUCUUCUUUGUAGGGUUGCUGCAGACAUUUACAUUUCAACCCCAGCCAGGAAUUUCAGAGUCUGACUUGGACCUCACUGUCCCCCAAACGACUUUCACAUUGAGGCCUCAGCCUCAGGCAACCUGUGCUGUCCUGCGUGAAUAA